AUGCCAGCAGUGGCGACUCCGCGGGUGUUUCAGAGCCUCCUGGAAAGUGGAAAGCAGCUCGGAAUUCCCCUCCGCCAGGGCAUUGCGCUGACCAAUGGUCUUUUCUACGGCCACGGCAAAGAACACAUCGAGAACUUGACCAAUUGGAGCAAAGGUUUACCAGCUAACGAAGUAGUCUGCGAGAGCAAUGCUAGAAGUGAAGACCCCAGCGCCAAGUCCGUACUGAGUGUCGUUUGCCCUUUGGAUCUGAAAAGAUGA